ACCAGAAAUAUGUUUAAGGUGACCUGCUCUCUAUAUAGAAGAAAGUAGAGGCGCCUUUCUAUGCUUAUAUAUCUUGGUGAGUUACCAAGCAAGAUAAUAGUAAUCACUGAUCAGAGAGAAAGAGAGAAUGAGUGAGAUUAGUGAAGAGAUGAGGAGGACAGAAGUGGAGAGCAGAGAGUGGUACAUGGCCGCUUAUGCACCUGAAGGUGUUCCGACCUCCGACCAUCUCAAACUCCGCACAGUCAAAAUCUCCCUAGCUCUUGAUUCGAUCCCGGACCAACAUCUUGUCCUCGAGACUCUCUUCAUCUCCCUCGAUCCGUUCUUGCGGAGCAGAAUGACCGGCCGAGAAGACGGUCUCUGCUCUCCCCAGUACAACCUCAACGAGGUAGUUUCAGCAUUUGGGGUUGGAAAGGUAAUUAGGUCAAAGGAUAGUAACUUUGGAGAAGGGGACGUAGUGAUCUGUCCUUUCCUACCUGUUGCUGAAUAUUGUGUACUACCAUCCCAAGCAUUAACAACAAAGAUUGAUCCAGAUGCUGGUGUUCCUCUGCCUGAAUAUCUCAGUAUGCUAGGCGUACCCGGGUUUGCAGCAUGGGUGGGAAUUGAGGUGAUAGCGGGGCCCGUAAAGGCGGGGUCAAAUGUGUUCAUUUCAGCCGCAGCCGGGGCGGUGGGGAUGUAUGCAGGGCAGUUGGCCAAGAUAAAAGGGUGUAGGGUCGUCGGAAGCACCGGAUCCGAUGAGAAAGUAAAACUUUUAAAGGAGGAAUUCGGAUAUGAUGAUGCAUUCAACUACCACACAGAGUCAGAUUUUGAUGCUGCUUUGAGCAAGUACUUCCCUAAUGGAAUAGAUGUUUACCUUGAUAAUGUUGGGGGUGAGAUGCUUGAAGCUGUUCUCAACCAUGUCAACCAUCAUGCAAAGAUACCCCUUUGUGGCAUGAUAUCUGGCUACAACAAGGUUUGGAGUGAGAGAGAGGGAGUGAGGAAUCUGUUGAAUUUGAUAGGCAAAGAUGUGAAGAUGCAAGGGUACAUGGUGUUUUCAUACAUCGAUCGUUUUGGGGACUUUACGAAGGAGAUGGAGAGCCACCUAAAGCAAGGAAAGAUUGUUUCCAAGUUUAAGAUCAUUAAUGGAAUCGAGAAGUUCUUGGAGAGCCUAGGGUCACUCUUCACCAGCUCCAAUAUUGGAAAACUAGUAAUCCAAGUCAAGUAAUGCUUACAGUAUUCAAGAAUAAACGAUCAGACAACUUAGUCCACAACAACAAAAUGGAGCAAAGGUCACACAAAGAGUGUGACAUUUAGAGGUGUUGCGCGCAAUCCACACUUGUGUGACAAUUUUCCCCUCAUCUCCACUAAUACCCACCCCUUGCCACACAUAACGAAGAAUGCACACCUCUAAAGGUCACACUCAUUGUGUGGUAGUUGCUCUAUAUUGUUGUUGAGAUGUCUAAUAAUGAAAAUCUUGUUGUCAUUGGAUUGAUCCUCUUUCAUGGAUUAAUAACUAAAAACCUUUCGUGUUUAAGGAGGAUCUUCGUUUUGUUUUAGAACUUUUUUGAGUUUCAUGUUGUAAACUAUUUAAAACUUUCUUUCUGCUAGUUGUGAACUGUAGUAUUUUUCGUGCAAAAGUUGAAGCCCUUUUAUCAAUUUUACUAUAUUAAUGUAUCAUUU